AUGACAUUCGUCGAGAAAGACCUUCUCCGUCACGGUCGGGCGGCAGUGUGUGGUACACGACUACACGCAGAACCGUGGGUUCAGUACUCCAAAGGCAUGGGCGGCUUGUGGACUCAAAUUCUUCUGGUGACGGAAGAGGCUCAGGCACAGGCACUAGCCAGCAUCAACACCAGCGCCAGCGUGGGCACGGGCGCAGGCACGGGCACAGCUCCAAAUCUUGCUUUACCCUCGGCCAGCUCAGAGCCUGAGAAGGAACGCAAUCCCCCCUCGACGCCCACCCCGCUGGACUUCCCCGUCUACAACCUCCCCGAGAUUGUCCCCAACGAUGCCGACUCGAAUCUUUCAGAUCUCCAUGGCCUGCUGGCGGGGAUCAAGCGCCCACAAGACAUCACCCUCGAUCGGUUUCAGCCGUUGAACGUACAGGUGGAUUCGGAUGUGGACAUCCGUCACAUGUUCCCAGCAGACCAGACCCAGUCGCUUCCUCCGCUGCCCUGGGAAAUCGACACAGACGAUCCCAACGUAUCCUCAAGCAGGGAAUCCGAAGAUGAAGAAGAGGUCACACAUCCGACCAUGAGCAAUGGCGCUCCCUACCCGCCCAGAGAACGGUAUGAGACAUUACGGAAGGAGUUGGCAUUGGACAAUGAGGACACCUUUCGGGAGGUCGCCCGGUUGCCACCCCGCGAGGGUCGUUCUCGGGUGCGGGUGACCCAAACGAGGAAAUUCUGGACCGGGUUGGAGCAUGUGGCACAGUACUGGGAUACGAGCUUGGAUAAUUACUUUGAGCGCCCGGUGACACCCACGUCGGUGUCCGGGGAGGGAGACAGUCUAGAUUUGGAUGGCAGCGCUGCCGAUCUGGGCGAGCCGGGUCCAGCUGAGCCCACCAUGGACGUGGACCAAGGCAUGGGUAACGAUCCCACACUUGCCGACCCCUCGGAGCAGGUCUCCCAUCCGUCGGUGAAGAAGUACACCGGUCGCCGCGUCGGGGCUGGGAGCGAGAUGCCAGACGAAAUGCGAGACGAGACCAUUCGAGGAUUCGUUGAGAUGAUCGCCUGGCCGUUCGGGUGCCAGGUCACUGCGCCUACGCUCCCACCCCGUUUGACCAUCCAGAACCUGCUCUUCCCCGUCCGGCAAUCCUUUUAUGCAGCUCGGUCCCCGCGUGAUCGCACUAUCGCUCGCAGCGGGAUCCUCGAGGGACCGGUUUUGAUCGCUCAGUGCCGAUCCGAAACCGCUUUCCGGGGGCCGGGUGAAGCACCGGGAUCCGGCAGGGGCGAGCUUUGCGACCUUUUUCGAGAAGUUGGUGGGAUGUUGUUAGCCGCGCAGGAACGUGCUCGCGAAGGGGAAGUUGAACAGCGCCCCGGUGAAGGGAAAUGGUGGACCACGAUCCCACGCUUCGGCGGAGCGCCCAACGGCGGAAUCCUCGAUGAUCUGGUGAAGAGUGCGCACGGGCUACCACUGUCGGACUCCAUACUCGAGGAACAUGCGACAAAACCCUCUUCUCCCAUGGAGGAGUUGGAAGGCUCGCGCAAGCGGCACAAGUUUGAGCAUCCCUUCAUGACCUCUCUGGCGCGCCGUCCCAGUGCGAUGCGCAAGAUGUCGAGCUCUGAGAAGUGGAAGAUCCUGCAACCUGGACCGAGCCUGUGGGAUAGACGUAUGCGCUACAUGCGAAUCGGCAAGGCCAAGGAAAGCCUCUACGACGAUGUCUAUAUGAUUUCCUCUAUCAACCACCACAUCUCCAUUCUCCACCUCCGAGUUCAUCAACGCUACCUGGACAUCCUCACCAACGGCACGAGUACCGUCGCUCCCGAGUCUGACACAGACCAGCCCUGGCAUGUCCUCAAGUUACAGAGAACUAAAUGGUUCGAUCUUCUCGAUGCAUCGGAUCGCGUGGAGGCACUCAAAAGUGUUUGGACCCUGUUUCACUAUCAACUGCGGCCCAUUUAA